AUGCAAUUCACCUUUGCCCUUGUUGCAUUGUUACUGCAUUUGUCUCCUUGCAUUGUACAAGUUCAUUUCCAUCCAACCCAUUUAUCCCUAUUUGCUUGUUUACAUGCAAAGCAUUUACCGUACUACAAUUGCUCUCUUCCUUCCUAUUCAUCAUCAUCGCCAUCAUUAUCAUUGCCAUCAUCGUCAUCGCCAUCAUCAUCAUCACUAUCAUCAUCACACCCAUGGUUAUCAUCAGUUCUUAGCAAUGAAGGCGUGCAGCACAUCCUUUCCUCUUCGAGGCGUAAAAUUAGAGCCGCGACUGCUCGUAAAGAUCGACUAUGGCCUAAUGGUGUGAUCCCUUACGUAGUAUCAACUAAUUUCACAGGUGAACAUAAGCAUUUAUUUCAGAGGGCUAUGCGCCAUUGGGAAAAUAAUACAUGCAUAACGUUUGUACCGCGCAAACCGGAACACCAAAAUUAUAUCGUCUACACGGCCGACAAAUGCGGUUGUUGCUCUUAUGUUGGUCGAAAAGGUAAUGGACCACAAGCCAUAAGUAUCGGAAAGAACUGUGAUAAAUUUGGAAUUGUAGUCCAUGAACUGGGACAUGUAAUUGGCUUUUGGCAUGAGCAUACACGUUUGGAUCGCGACCAACAUGUUGAUAUAUUUUAUAGAAGUAUUCAGCAAGCUCAAGACUACAAUUUUGAGAAAUUGAAACCUGAUGAGGUGGAUUCUUUGGGUGAACCAUACGAUUUCGCAUCAAUCAUGCAUUAUGCCCGUGAUACGUUUUCGCGGGCUAUGUAUUUGGAUACUAUUUUGCCUAAAACCAAAUUCGGUCGACGACCAGAAAUCGGUCAGCGUAUACAAUUAUCACUAGGAGAUAUUUCUCAAACGAAGAAACUUUAUAAAUGCACAGUUUGUGGUGAAACAUUGUUAGAAGAAUUUGGAGAAUUGCGUCUGGAUGGUAGUGGUACUUUAUGCCAUUGGCGAAUAAUCGCUGCCGUUGGUGAGUUCAUUGUUCUGAAUGUUUCGACGCUAGCUGUACCGUCCCCAAAGCGUGACUGUAUAUCAGAACGAGACAACUAUUUGAUCAUACGCGACGGACAUUUUGUUGGCUCUCCAAUUCUCGAUAAAGUAUGUGGUGGUAUCAUUUCGAGGACAAUAUUUUCAACUGGGAAUAGACUCUUCAUUCAGUCACAGACUUCAUUUCCUGUAGUUUCUGUUUUCGCCCAUUAUAUUGUUAUUUGUGGUGGACAUUUUGUGGAUGAAGAAGGUACUAUUCAAAGUCCACGCUAUCCAGAAAACUACAUGCCUGAUGAAGAGUGCAAAUGGAUUAUUACUGUCCCGGAAGGCUAUCAAGUCGCUUUAAACUUCCAAUUCUUCAAUCUUGAAACACAUAAGGACUGUAUCUAUGACAGGUUAGAAAUCUAUGAUGGUACUGUAGUAAAACCAACAGCUUUACUGUCUAAGUUAUGUGGCCGGAUAAUUACCAAAUCUAUUGUCUCACAUUUCAAUACAAUCCUGUUGCAUUUUGUCUCGGAUAGUUCAGUACAAAAAGCGGGUUUUCAUAUCGAUUUCGCGAAAGAGAGAGACGAAUGCGAAUCAGAUAGUCACGGUUGUCAGCAUCACUGUAUCAACAAAAUUGGUGGUUAUGAAUGCAUGUGCUACACUGGAUAUUCCUUACUUUCUGAUGGGAAGACUUGUCAAAGCACGUGCGGUGGUAUUAUCAAGGCAUCAAACGGAACAUUUUAUAGCCCAAAUUAUCCAUUUAAUUAUCCGCCUCUCAAAACGUGUGUUUGGCAAAUAGAAGCUGAUAAAGGGUAUCAAAUUGUCAUCAAUUUUACGUUUUUUGAUGUAGAAGGAAUGAAAUCAGCAUGUUUCUAUGAUUAUGUUCUAAUUCAAAGCGAUGAAGGAGUUGAAAAACGCUACUGUGGACAAUAUAAUACUUUGGUCUACACAUCGACAACAAAUCAAAUCAAAGUUUUAUUCGUUUCCGACAGCACAAUUGAGAAGAAAGGCUUUGCAGCAGACUUUAUCACUGAUUUUAACGAAUGUUAUAACAAUAAUGCCGGCUGUCAGCAGCACUGUGCAAAUACUAUUGGCUCAUAUAAAUGUGAAUGUGGAAGUGGAUACAUUUUGGCAGAUGAUGAACAUAACUGUAAGGAAGAUAAAUGCAGUUUACAGUUAAAUGAUCCUGAAGGGGAAAUCACUUCUCCAAAUUAUCCCUUCGAUUAUCCGAAAGGAAAAAAUUGCAAUUGGCAUUUUGUCACUACACCUGGUCAUCGGCUUUCACUCUCCUUUGAGGAAUUCAUACUUGAAGAGCACACUACAUGCAAGUAUGAUCAUAUCGAAAUAUUUGAUGGUGGCAGUGCAGAAGCUAUUUCCUUAGGAAUUUUUUGUGGUACGGAGGUGCCUCCAAAUAUUCAGUCAUCGUCCAAUCAGCUGUUUGUCAUGAUGCUUACAGAUGGUAGUGUUGAUCGUCGUGGUUUCAAGGCCUUUUUUUCUUCAGUGUGUGGUGGUAAUCUGAAGGCGGAUGAAAGUAUAGGUUUCAUUUAUUCACAUGCGCAUUAUAGUGAUGGUAAAUAUGAGAAAAAAAUGAGGUGCGAAUGGCGAAUUCAUUCAAAACCGGGCCGCGGUGUCAAUCUUCGCUUUGCACAAUUUGAUUUAGAACGUGAGACCAAUUGCGAAUUUGACUAUGUUGAAAUUUAUGAUGGAAGCGAACAAUUAAGACAAAAACGUGUUGCACGGUACUGCGGUGAUAAACUACCACCAUCAUUUACAUCGUCUGGGCCAUCUUUACUACUGGUUUUGAGUACGGAUGAUUCUGAAGAACAAAAAGGUUUUAUUGCGGAAUAUCGAUCAAGUUUAACGGGCAAGUUCGUUCACUUUACGUCAGCAAUACGACCUCUACGUGAAUCUGUUGUCAGUAACGAUCAGAUAAUGUAA